AUGACUCGGGGAAGCGCAGCUGUGCCAAAGGAAAAGAAAGGAGCAACCUUCACGAUUGAUUGUGGCAAGCCGGUCGAGGAUAAGAUCAUGGAAAUUGCAUUGCUUGAGAAGUUCCUCCAAGAGAGGAUUAAGGUUGGUGACAAGGUCAGUGCUCUCGGUGACACCAUUACAAUCACCAGUGAAAAGUCCAAGAUCUCUGUUUCCUCCAACAGCAACUUCUCUAAACAGUAUCUAAAGUACUUGACCAAAAAAUACUUGAAGAAACACAAUGUCCACGAUUGGCUUCAAGUGAUUGCUUCCAAUGAGGAUAGGAAUGUUUAUGAACUGUGGUAUUUCAACACUGCUGAAAAUGAGGGGGAAGAGGAAGAGUAA